UAAUUAAUUAAUUAAAAAAAUGAGUUAUUAUAUAAAUAUGGGUGCGUGAUUAAGUCGCUACAGUUCCGAAACACAGAAGAAGAAGAGAACCAACUCCUAAGGAAAACGACUGUUACACAUUCUCUCUUCUUCUUCUUCCUCUUCCCACCUAGGGUUUUCUUUUCUUAUUGAUCUCUUCAAUCUUCAAUCCAGAUUAUUUAUCUUUUGUGAAUCUCAAUCAUGACGAUUCCUGAUUCGGGAUUCAUGAUUGAUAAUGGAGCGAGUUGCUUGCCUCUUCCUCCCGACGAAGAGAAUCGGAUUAUUGCUGAGCUUACUAAUCAAUCUGAUAAGAAUUUGAAGGAUGGAAAUUUGUACUACGUUGUUUCGAAUAGAUGGUUUUCAAGCUGGCAGAGAUAUACAAAGCAAGGGAUGGGUGAAUCAUUGGUUGAUGAGCAGUCUUCUGAAUCCCAAAAUAUGGAUGUUAUUACUUUAAGGAGUGUAGAUAGACCUGGGCCGAUUGAUAAUUCUGAUAUAGUUCUAAAUAACAAAGAGAAUGAUGGUGAAGAACUAGAGCUUCAUAAAUUGUUGGAGGAAGGAAGAGACUAUGUUCUAGUUUCUCAACUAGUUUGGGAAAAACUAUUGAGUUGGUACAAAGGAGGACCAGCGUUACCGAGGAAAUUGAUUUCUCAUGGUACUUUUAUCAAGAAUUAUCUUGUAGAGGUUUACCCACUUUGUCUUAAGUUGAUUGAUUCUAGGGACAAAAGCCAAUCAGUGUUAAAAUUAAGCAGAAAGACCUCUACAAGCGAGCUUUAUGAGAGGGUGUGUAAACUUCGUGGAGUAGAAAAAGAAAAGGUACUUAUUUGGGACUAUUUCAAUAAACGGAAGCAUUCAAAGAUGAACAGUUCCAACCAAACUUUGGAGGAGGCAAACUUGCAGAUGGAUCAAGAAAUUCUUCUUGAGGUGCCAGAUGUACACAAUGGUUCUUUGUUGGGCAAGGAUUCUACAGGAAACGAGUUGGCUUUGGUAUCUAUAGAACCAUCAAGGUCUUCAGUGACAAUUGCUGGGGGGCCUACAAUGUCAAAUGGUCAUUCAUCUGGAUAUAGUUCUAAUUUAUAUCAGGGAAAUGCUGUAAGUUCGUCAUUCUCGGAUAUUGAUGAUGGAUAUGAUGUUUACAAGUCAACAAAAGGAGAAAGGGGAGGUUUGGCAGGAUUGCAGAAUCUGGGAAAUACUUGCUUUAUGAACAGUGCCUUGCAAUGUUUAGUUCACACUCCUCCUCUCGUUGAGUAUUUCUUGCAAGAUUACAAAGAUGAGAUUAAUACUGAAAAUCCAUUGGGAAUGCAUGGUGAGCUUGCAAUCGCCUUUGGUGAGCUUUUGAGGAAGUUAUGGUCCUCAGGGAGAACUACAAUUGCACCACGUGUUUUCAAGGGAAAAUUAGCUCGAUUUGCUCCCCAGUUCAGUGGCUAUAACCAGCAUGAUUCUCAAGAACUCCUUGCAUUCCUGUUGGACGGACUUCACGAGGAUUUAAAUCGGGUUAAACGAAAGCCAUACAUAGAAGCAAAGGAUUCAGAUGGUCGUCCAGAUGAGGAAGUUGCCGUUGAGUGUUGGAAAAAUCACAGGGCACGGAAUGACUCGUUGAUUGUGGAUGUUUGCCAGGGCCAAUAUAAGUCGACACUGGUUUGCCCAGCAUGUGGGAAGAUUUCAAUCACUUUUGAUCCCUUCAUGUAUUUGUCAUUGCCUCUACCUUCGAAUGUAACUCGGCAUAUAACAGUGACUGUGUUUUACGGUGAUGGAAGUGGUCUUCCAAUGCCUUACACUGUGAGUUUGCUUAAGCAAGGUGUCUGUAAGGAUCUUAGCGAACAAUUAAGUAAUGCUUGUUGCUUGGGUGCUGAUGAGAUUCUUCUGCUUGCCGAGGUUUAUGAUCACAAGAUUUUCCGAUAUUUGGAAAACCCCUCGGAGCCAUUGGGGUCAAUUAAGGAGGAAGACCAUAUUGUUGCUUAUAGACUUUCUAAAAAUGUUGUUGGAAGAUCCAGAGUUGAAAUAAUUCACCGACCGCAUGAAAAGUCUCCAUCAGACAGUGUGAAGGGUUGUUUGGGAAAGCUUAUCGGCACCCCUUUUGUUACUUAUUUGAAAGAGCCAAUACGUGGAGCCGAUGUGGAAGCUGCUGUUACUAGAUUGUUGUCACCUUUGAAGAGAGCGUGCCCAUCGGGUAAGCUCCAAAAUGGCAAGGAAAAUGGAUUUGAUAAAGAGCAUAUUGAAGAACCAUCAAACAGCUAUGAUUCUAAGAAUCUGUCAACAGACUAUGCAGAAGUCGAGACAAAAUCCAGUGAAGCAUUGUCCUUUGAACUUUUUAUUACCGAUGGGAACAGUUCGAGCUGCAUGCCUAUUGAGAAGGACACUUUAUUAAAUUCAAGUAGAGUCGUAAGGGUAUAUUUAGACUGGACUGAAAAAGAACAUAACUUGUAUGAUAUCAGCUUUCUCAAGGAUCUUCCCGAGGUUCAUAAGGCUGGGUUUACGGUGAAGAAAACUCGACCGGAAGCUAUUUCUUUGUUUACAUGCUUGGAGGCGUUUUUGAAGGAAGAACCUUUGGGGCCUGAUGACAUGUGGUACUGCCCCGGGUGCAAGGAACAUAGACAAGCGACCAAGAAACUAGAUUUGUGGAAGUUGCCCGAGAUUCUUGUUUUCCACUUGAAAAGAUUCUCGUAUAGCAGAUACCUAAAGAACAAGCUAGACACUUACGUGAAUUUUCCUAUUCACGAUCUUGAUUUGAGCAAAUACGUGAUAAGCGAGGAUGGAAAACACCACAUGUACGAAUUGUACGCCAUUAGCAACCAUUACGGCGGUCUUGGUGGUGGUCACUACACUGCAUAUGCCAAGUUGAUCGACGAAGACAAUUGGUACCAUUUCGAUGAUAGUCAUGUUUCUGCCGUCAAUGAAGCUGACAUCAGGACUUCGGCCGCCUAUGUAUUAUUCUAUAGAAGAGUAAGGACUGCUGAACCCAAUUCAGGAACAGCAGGCGAGAGCGAGACAUCUCAGGCUCAUUCAGGCACUUGAGAACGUAAGUCAAAGUCCAUCUUUGCUAUUUUAACGCUCCCGAGUUGUUUUUCUUGUCUUUCGAAAGCUAACUUGGUAUAGGCAUCAUCAUCAAUCAAUCAAGAGCAAAAACCCUACUGCAUUUUGAACAUUAUAUUUCGGGUCGGGUCGGGUAUUAUUUCAACCUUCAAGCUGAACAAAAAGUUGGUUAAAUCGGUAAAACUACUAGGAGCUAUAUAUAUAUUCAUUGCAGCUUGGAGCCCCUUUUUUGGAUUGGACAUUCUGUUAUUAUUAUAUUCUUUUAUAUUUGAUCUACUACUUAUAAGAAUUAUUAUUGUUGUUGUUGUUUACUGGCUACUUAGAUUUUUAGUCAUUUUUACUUCUGGUAGAUUUUACUAUUGUUAUUUCAAAAUUAUUGAGUCUGUAAUGUAAUCAAUAGUAAUAAUGGUCCUUUAAAUAGAGAUUAUAAUUUGACUUAA